CUGUAAUUGGUUUGCCAACCGCCAAUAAACCAUGAAGAAGAAGAAGAAGAAGAAGAAGAAGAAGAAACGACGGUAGCUUAACAAUGCUCUUGUGAAGAGUUAAGAGAAAGAGUAAGCUGUUUAGUAUCGUACAUAACAGUAGAUUCGGUGUAGUCUUUUACGCGCCAUGGACAACAUGUAUCAGCCCGCCUCGUCAGACACCCAGCCGCCUCCUGUCUAUAGUGGCGGCUACAGCGCGAACAGAGCCCCGCCGAGCAGUACUCAGCCGGGCCACACUGCUCCCCCGUGGACUCCUUCCCAGGGGUAUGACGCUCACCCGUAUGGGUUUAGGUGCGAUUUUCCAGCACAGUCUCCCGGAGGAGGAAGUUUCGGAGGGCCCGGCUUGGCCCUUCCGUAUGGAUUUGACCCCUCCGUACCCCCGCCUCCUUUCGGCUGUCCGCCGCCCGGACACUUCCCUAACAUGGUGCCCAGCGCUCCGGUAAACAUAUACAGCAGCAGGGGAGCGUUUCCCCCGCAGCUAAGACCCUGUCCUCAGGCUACGGGCUAUGCCCCGGACCGUAGUCAGAAACAACAGCACCACUAUGAGGAUUUCUCUGCGAGUGGAGCUCGGUUUCCUCCGCAGGGUAAAGAUGACCGGAUUCCUGAGGAUGAAACGGUCCUUCAGAGGAGGCAGGAUCAACAGUGGCUCGCACGCUUCCUACAAGACAGAGAACAAAACUCCAAGAGCCUACAGGCCCGGCACAAGACGCCCCACAGCUCUGUCCCGGAGCAGAGAGCGGCUCCGUGCAGCUCCGUCCCGGAGCAGAGAGCGGCUCCGUGCAGCUCUGUCGCGGAGCUGAGAGCGGCCCCGUGCAGCUCUGUCCCGGAGCAGAGAGCGGCCCCGUGCAGCUCUGUCCCGGAGCAGAGAGCGGCCCCGUGCAGCUCUGUCCCGGAGCAGAGAGCGGCCCCGUGCAGCUCUGUCGCGGAGCUGAGAGCGGCUCUGUACGGGGCAGCUCACAUUGUCUCCCAGCUGGCAGAGUCCUGUGAAAUUCUGAGGAACAACGUGGAGAAUGAGUGUGUUUGGGCCAACUCUUAUUUAAAGGCUUUACAGGUGAAAAGAGAGCUACAGGACAGACUGGCAGUCCUCGGUGCCAGUGAGUGUUUAGAGAGCUGGAAAACUAAAGUAUCCCGUGUUGCUAAGAGGAGGGCCCGGCUCCGCAGAGCCAGGAGGGAGCUCCAGCUGGAGCAGACCGAGAGAGAGGAGCGCAUCGCGGACAAAGAGGCUGCCAUAAACACAUGGAGGAUGCAGCAGAUCCGCCUAGUGGAAGAAAGGAAGAAGGAGCUGGAGCUGAAGCUGGCUGCAGACUCUGUCCUCUGCGAGGUGAGGAAGAAGCAGGCAGACGUGAAGAGGAUGCAGGAAGUCCUGAGGUCUCUGGAGAAGCUGCGCAGACUGAGGAAAGAGGCAGCGUCAAGGAAAGGUAUCGUGACGGAGCGUUCCUGUGAUGAGGCGUUCAGCAGCCGCCUGCAGCAGCUGAGCGCUGUGAUGAAGAGGAGGACAGCGGUGUACUCGGCCGAGGAGAAGGCUCUGAUGGUGAUGCUGGAGGGAGAGCAGGAGGAGGAGAGGAGGAGGGAGCAGGAGAAACGAGGGAGGAAGGAGCGGGAGAGACAGCUGCAGAGGAAACGCAGAGCGGACGCCAUGCUGUUUGGAGAUGAGCUUCCUGCCGACUCUGUGCUGCAGCCCUUCAGACAGUAUUACACCGAGGCCGAGCGCUCUCUGCACGCUCUGCUACAUAUCAGGCGACAGUGGGAUGCUUUUGUGGUUCCUGCGGAUCAUCCAGACGGUUCUCCGGUUCCUCAGGGUUGGGUUCUGCCCAAGGACCCAUCAGACCAAGCCUGGGCCUCUGCUCUGCACACCGCCCACUCCGAGGGACACGGCCCACUUUGAUCCAAGUGGCACGGCCCACUCCGAGUGACUGUGACAACAGCCAGCAGCUGGCACACAGCUGUAAGGAGAAAGCCAGCUGAAGAAGACCUGGAAAUAAGACUUUAAUGAACAGAAAAGUUGAUAUUAGUUUGUUUGUUCCAAACCCUCUGUUGAACUUGAAUAAGAAAAUGAGAUAAUAAACAUGUGAUGUGUUAUUGUCUUGGA